AUGACCUCCAGAAGGCCAAUGACUCGCACUUUUUCCGGUAAUGGGAGGACAAGCAGCUUCAGUGAAGAGGAGGGCAGCUCUUCCAAUGGCCGCUCAGAGAGCCGCAAUACUUACCUCUCUAAUGUUAGGCCAGAAAACAGGUAUUCUCACUACAGGCCUUCGAGGAGCACGCUGUGUACUGUCAUGGCUCAGCUUACCGAGGACAUACAGCCGUCCUUUGACACAACCUUAAAAUCCAAAGCUGUCUCAGAAAACUGCAAUGUGAAGUUCACCUGUGUUGUAUCAGGUUACCCAGCUCCAGAGCUGAAAUGGUAUAAAGAUGAUAUGGAAAUGGAUCGGUACUGUGGCCUUCCAAAAUAUGAAAUCCAUCGUAAUGGAAAAACCCACACCCUCCAUAUUUACAACUGCACAUUGGAUGAUGCAGCUAUCUAUCAGGUCUCAGCCAGCAAUAGUAAAGGUAUUGUUUCCUGCUCGGGGGUUUUGGAGGUUGGCACCAUGGAUGAGUUUAAGAUCCACCAGAGGUUCUUUGCCAAACUUAAGCAAAAAGCAGAGAAAAAGAAAAGAGAUUUGGAGGGGCAAAAGAAAGAGGAUAAAGAAAACAUUAAGGCAGAGAAACCACAGGGUAGCCCUGAACGGCCUCCAAGAAAGCGUCCAAUCCCGCAACCAGAGCAGAGACCAGCACUGCAGGAGCCUGAGGCUGUGGAGCAGCUGGGGGCCACUGCAGAAACAAAUGGAGUUAGCUCUGAAGUCAAGGAAACACCACCUGUGGCAUCUAUAGACAAUAAUGUGGAGAAAGAGAGGUCUGCUGAAGCCUUGGCCAAAAAGAAAAUGAAGAUCUCUAAUGGAGUAGAUGCUGCAGUUAAUAGUAGCAGUAGUAGCAGUAAUAGAAGCCAUAUGAUGGGGAAUGGAGGUGAAAACCAUUAUGAUGGAGGAAUCAGUUUGGCACAGUUUCUAGCAGAGACUCUUCAGUCCCAGGCUGUUGAAGAGAAACAGAAUUCAGUCAGAGGGGAGAACUGUAAGGAUACGGAGAGGAAAACAAAAGAGCUGAGUGAACAAGAAAAAACACAAGAGAAGGAGAGAGAGAAAGUGAGAGAACACGGUUUGGCCAUAGAAAGAGAGACAGAAAAAGAAAGACAGUUAGAGAUUUCACACACAGGGCCCCGCACAAAACCUAGUCCAGAGGUCAAGCGUCACAGCAAAGCUCAUAAGGAUCAUGACCACCAUAACAUCCAGACUUCUAUUUCCUCUAUGCUUCAUACUGUCAAAGAUUUCUUCUUUGGUAAGAAUAAGAGGGACUCUAAUGAUCGUUCAGAGCCAGAGUUUGACCACCCAGGACAACCAGAAACACCACCAUCAGUGCGGUUACAACCUGCACAAAACCCAGAGGCAUACAAGCCACUCAUAGAGGAUACUGUGUCCAUGGAAAUUGAAAAACCAAAGCAACUUUCAACCAUUGUGGAAGUAUCACAACAGCCAGUUUCACAGGAGUCUUUGCAGGAAGAUAGUGUUCUAUAUAAAGACCUGCCACCUGCCCACAAACCACCACCUGAGAUCAUGGAGCAGUCACCAGGCCACAGUGUCAAGGAGGCAGAUGAUGCUGUUGAGCCGAUGGAGGUGUCACUGGGGGCAAGGAGCAAUAAGAGUAGCCCUCCAGCUGGAGCAAUAUCAUUGUCUAGCCUUCAAGUUCUCCCUGAGGUGGAAGAGACAGCGUGUCACACACUCAAUAAAGUGGUUCCAUUUCAUCAGAAAGAUAGGGUGGCUGUUUUACCACAGCCUAAUCACCAAACCACAAGAGAUGAUUCUUCAACCAGAGAGCAUAUUUCUGUGUUGCCGCAUACCCAAGCCCCUUGUGAAGAAGAGCACACCCCCACAUCCGCCCACACGUGUCUGGAGGAUCGCUGGACUCUCCCUAAUAGUGUUAUCUCAGCAACAAACCACCACGGCUCUGGUGAAUCCAUGACUGACAUACGGCAAGAAGAGGAGAUGAUGAUUGAUAAAAUGGGUAAAGAAGACACAGCAGAGAACCGUCUAUCUAAUAAGCUAUGGGAGGAAGAGAAAGCUGAAGUGAAAUCAAGCAAACAGCCGUGCUCACACAUAAACAGAUCUGAGACUACUAAAUUAGCCUCCUCUUCCCUGGAAGAGAGACUAGAGUCAUGUGAAUCUAAAAUACCACAUCAGGUGCUUCUACCUUUGACUGCUAUAACAGCACAUAGUACAGAGAAAGAACAUUCAAAAGUGACUGAAUGUACCUCAGUGAUUCAGGAAAUGAACAUAGGAUUUCCACCCACUGCCGCCCCACAGAGUUCAGACACGUAUGACCUACAAAUAGGGCUAAACGGUGCUCCUUCUGUAGAAGAGGAAAGCACAGAAAGCCUCAGUCUUAGCUCAAUGUUGAGUUCAAAUAGUAGUGAGGGGAAAAGUGAAUUCAAAGAAACACCUGUUUCUUCUUUGGUGACAGAUUUAAAAGUGAAUUCAUGUGAUGGUGUGAAAAUACAGGAGCCAGUGGUUUUAGAAUGUGAGAACACUGAAGCAGAGAUAAGCUCUCAGCCUAAAAAGGAAAGGAAAGAGUCAGAUUAUUCAAAGAGCUUUUUAACAACACAAAACAGUAAUGAUAAUAUUUUGUGGGAACCAGUUAAUGUUGCAGAACAAGAUGGCAAUAAGAAACACUCAGAGAUGAUUCCACAAAUACAAACGUCCACCUUUGAAGACACCCAAGAAAUUAAACCAGUUGUGCCAGAUAUAAAUCCCGAUGCACAUAUUACAAUCCCAAAAAUUGAAGUAAUCAAGCCUGAGCAAAAAGAGUGCACUCUACCGCUAACUAUUUUAGCAGUUAAUGAAACAGAAUCAAGCAGUGCUUCUCUGCAAAAAUGUGAUGCAACAGGACUGCCAGAGGUAAUAAUUCAAGACCACAGUGUGGCAGAUACUUCAGCCAUGUUGCCCUCACUGAUAGGUUUGCAAAAUGACUUUAACCUCUCACCUACAGAAAAAGUCAAGGAAGUUGCGCAAUUAGAUGAUAAGACAAAAAUAUAUGAGUUGGAUCUGGCAGGAAUGACAAGCAGUGAACAGCACCUUCAAACAGAUUACUCAUCAAUUCCAAUUAUAAAUAUUUCAUGUACUGAUGACAAAGAGGAGGAUAAAUUUGUCCACGGCCAAGUUACAGGUACAACAGAGACUUCUGAAACCUCGAUGAUGCCGUUGUUUGUAGUUCCACCAAUCUCUGUAACUUGUCAUGAAAGUGAUUCUGAACUUAAAGUGCCCAGUCAGAGAGACUGGACUGAAACAGAAACUGUAGUGGGCACGCAAAGGGGAACAAAGCAAAACACUGACAGUGAUUCAUCUCAAAAAACAGAAGAAAUGGAAGAAAAGGGCAUAAUAGAAAGGAGUCCCUCAAUGGUAGAUGAAACUCUAAUACCAAAUGUUUCUCACAAUGUGCCAUCAUUAAGUAAAACAACAGAGAACAACACUGUGGAUGAAAUCUUAAACACGAAACCUGUAAAACAUGAUCUAACAGCAAAGGUUUGUGCCAAUGUGCCAUCAUUUAAUAAGACAGGAGAAGACAACAUUGUAAACGAUGUUAAUACAAAGCUUCUGAAAGAUUCCAAGGUAGAGAAUUCAGUAUCUAUUGAGAGACUAAGCUUUAAGCCUCCAAUUUAUCCAUCACUGAGUCCAGCCAGCCUUCGGAAAUCUAUGUCCAAAUCAGCUCCAGAUUCAGACGCUGGAGGUGACCGUCAGAGCGACAAGGCAGAUGAAGAUUUAAGUGGAGGAUCGACCCCCACAUCAUCCCUUUCUUGUGAAAACAGUCCCAGGCUGAAACGAAGAGACAGUCUCUCACUUAUACGCUCCGCCACACCCGAGGAGCUGGCCUCUGGAGCUCGUCGCAAGAUCUUCAUGCCAAAACCUAAAGAAGACGGAGAGGGUGCAACAGUUACAGGUGUUUUAGACAAUCAAAACAAGAAGGAGACCCCCUAUAUGUCACCCAGCCAGGCUCGCAGAGCUGCUUUCCUACAGGCUUCUACUGGACAGAACACUCCACCAAUGGAGAGACGCUCUCCACUGUUGAACCGCAGAAAAGCCACUUUGGAGGUGCCAAAAGCUGUGGAACAGAUUCCUACAGUAGAGGUAGUCACCACCAAGCAAGAAGAGAAACCUGCUGAGAAAAAGCCAGACCCAUUGAAAGCUCCUCAGGUCAUCCGAAAAAUCAGGGGAGAGCCUUUCCCAGAUGCCUCCGGACACCUGAAGCUUUGGUGCCAAUUCUUCAACGUACUGAGUGACUCCACAAUCAAGUGGUACAGAGAUGAAGAGGAAAUACUGGAGGUGAAGAGAAGUGGUGGAGAUGAAAGCCAAGUGGCGCUGGCUAUUGUUCUUGCAACCAGUCAAGACUGUGGAGUAUAUGGCUGUACAAUAAACAAUGAAUACGGAUCUGAUACCACUGACUUCCUGCUUAGUGUGGACAUUCUGUCAGAAAUAUUAUUAAAAGAUGAUCUGGAAGUUGGAGAGGAGAUAGAAAUGACCCCGCUGCUGUUCAGUAGAGGCCUGGCUGACUCUGGCAGCUGGGGUGACAAGUACUUUGGUCGUGUUAUGACCACGGAGGUGCACCUUGGGGAGGGCUGCACUCAUAAAUCCAGCAAAAUGAAGGUCAUCUAUGGCUUGGAUCCUGUGUUUGAGUCUGGAAGCACCUGCAUCAUCAAAGUCCAAAACCCCAUCGCUUAUGGGACCAAAAUGGAGCUUAACCUGGCCGAGAGAAAUCUGGAGAUUACCAAACAAGAGUGCAAAGUCCAAAACCUGAUUCGGGAAUACUGUAAAAUCUUUGCUGCUGAAGCAAGAGUCAUUGAAAACUUUGGCUCUUCACUAGAAGUAGUUCCUCAGUUUCUGAUGUACCGGCCUGCAAACUCUGUACCGUACGCCACAGUUGAGGCUGAUCUUGAGGGAGUCUUCCAACAGUAUUGUAUGACAGAUCCUAAAGGUCAGCUGAUUUCAAGAACUGUUUCUGAAAUAGAGCAGAAAUGUUGCACCUUCCAGCACUGGCUUCAUCAGUGGACACAUGGCAAUUUACUGGUUACCCGGCUGGAGGGUGUUGAAACCAAGCUUACCAAUAUUAAAGUUGUGACCAAGUCACAAGGAUACCAAGGACUAACAGAGAAUGGCUCUCCAGAGGUAUUUGAACAGUUCGUUACACACCAUCAGUGCAACUACUACUGUGGACUUCUGGGACUGCGCCCUCUGAAGAUAAUGGAUAGUCUUCAACAACCCACCAAGAUGAAGGGCUCCAGGAGCCCCCUCCUCAACCGUAAGUUGAGUUCAGGGUCUGGCAGCCCACAGCUGCAGAAGAAAGGAUCACACAGUCCUCAAAUGCUCAAAAAGACCAAUUCUAGCCCAAAGGUGUCUAGAAAGGUUCAAGAAACAGAGGACGUUAAAUCAGGUCAAGUCAAAGCUGUAGAAACUGCUGCUGCACUUGAGACGAGGUAGGAAAAAAAUCCUGUUGAUCCACCCAGCAAAACUGUAUACUUUUUAUGGUUUACUUCCAUGACUCAUCUUGUUAGCAAAUCCAACAAGAAUUUGAACAAGAGGAAUAUAAGAGAAUAUUUUUUGACCUGUUAAGUUAUGAAAAAUUACUGUGAAUUUGUUAACUGUCAUAUGUUCAUCCUAGUCAGUUGACUUGUUAAUGCAGUUUAUGUGAAUUAAUGAGCACAGGUUUUUGAUCUGACAACCAGCAACAUCCUCUCUCACUUUUUGAACAUUAAGUAGCACAAGAGUUAUAUACUGUUCAAUGGCUUGUCUUAUUAGCUCACUGAGUAGAUAAACAGCUCAUGCAAUAUCUGUAAAUUUUCAAGAAUUACCAACACUAAUUUACAGUCCAAAAAUUGCUGUGAACAUUUUACUGUUGUGAUUUUUUUUUAAACAGCAUAAGAAAAAAUGCAAUGUACUAUAUGCCUUUAAAUGCUGCAUGUUCAUCUGUGAUGUACAGAAUGUGUGUAGGGCAUAAAGAUUAUUUUGGAUUUUUUUGUCUGUAGUAUUACAACUGCUUGAGCAGCAUUUCUUUUUAUUCAGAAACUACACAGCAAAGUUGAGCUACCACUGUGGAGUAACUGCACCAUUUUUAGGUCAAAGAGUUUUGUGUGAAGGUUUUUCUUUUCUUUUUUUUUUUUUGCAUUUUUUUAGUUGAUUUAAUUUUAUAUCUGUUUGCCAUGGAGUUUGUGUAUGCAUGGUUAACAUGUCUGUAAGGGAGUGCAACUAGCAAAGCAAUGAGCAGUAAGGGGAUUAUGCAUAAACUCUUUAACUAUCAUAUGCUCAUUGACAUGCAAAUGCACGGUAUGUUCACUGCAACAAAGAAAAGCUGCUGAAUGGGUUUUACAAAGUUGUUUGCACCCACAUGACCUAUGGACUUUAGGUAAAAAAAAAAAAAAAAAAAAAAGAGCAGACUCAGGGUUUUCAAACACCAGCUGAACACAGAGUAAGGCUUCUUGUGAAACAAAAUCUGCAAAGUGUUGAUGUAAAUUUCAGUCAGUCAGUCAGUCACAGGUAACAAUAGAGCUGCAAGUGCAAACUCAACAUGGACUUAAUUUAAAAAAAAAAAAAAAAAAGCUGCCUGGUUACCUCAGGAGGUUAGACAACAGUCAGUAGUUACAUUUCAACAGGAGUCAGGUCCCAUAUUGAAAUAAUCAACUACUGUCAGGAAAUGUUACGGAAUUUAUUGGAUUCUUGGUUGAUGAUUAAAGCAAUUCUUCAAAUGAGUCAGUAAACCUACAUGUUAAAGAAUUUAUAGCCACUUUUUCUUAUAAAUUCACUUUGACUGCAUGCAUCCUGAAAGACAGGCUGAAAUAGAAGAAGAAAUAUUUCAAAAAGAAAAGGAAGUAAAUGUAUGCUGACCAUCCUAUGACAGCGAAAUGCUGUACUGUUUAGUUUUGGUGUCAUUUCAGUAAAGAACUGUACUGUGUGUCUGUGUACAUAAAGUCAAAAGACUGAAUACCUGAAGAACAGAAAAUAGCAAAUGUGGGUGAAUGACUGAGUGAAUAAGAGAUUGUGUGGGUACAAUAUGUCUGUAUGGUACAUGUCAGCUGAUAUUUUUUUUAAUAAAUGUGUAAAACAUC